UUGAUCGAAGAAGAACUCAAUCGAGCGACAGGGGAGAAAAAAAUGACAGGGCGCGCAAAAAGAAAGCCCAAAUCCAUUCAGGAGACGGGUGAAGGCAAGGGAGAUGUGAAGAAACCACGUCCUGAUGAUGUCAAGGCCCCGCCCCCAUCCCAGGUGUCUCCACAGCAACGUGAAGAGAUGCUGCAGCUCUACAAACUGCACAUGCCCGAGGACCUGUAUCAUUUUUGGGACUUAUGCAAGGAGCUUUGCCCAGACAACCCCUGUGGUGCCCUGAAAGACACACUUGGUUUGCAGCUAGUCGGUCCUUUUGACAUUCUGGCUGGAGCUCACCAAAACUGCAAGAAUGCUUCUCCUAACUUCUACCUUCACUGGAGGUAUUUCUACGACCCACCAGAGUUCCAGACCAUUCUUCAGGGCAGUGAAGAAAGCCAGCAUCACAUCGGUUACUACAGAGAUAAUCCAGACUCCCUUCCCUCCUUUGUUGGGGAGAAUGAAGCCAAGAAGGGGUGCACUAUAACACAGAUGGGAGACAAUGUGUUUGCUGCUGUUCACCUGUUCCUGUUAAAAAAAAAGAAGAAGGACAAAAGCAGGCCGAAAACCGUGGAAGACGAUUUCAAAAGACUGGAGGAAAAGCUGAGUGAGCGAGCAGAAACCCUCAACUUGUCUUUAGAGCUGAAGACCAAAGGCAUGAAGCAGCGGGACAAGAAGGUUGUCACCAGAACGUUCCACGGUGCUGGUAUUGUUGUACCUGUCGACAAGAAUGAUGUGGGCUACAGAGAACUUCCAGAAACUGAUGCUGCUCUCAAGAAGAUCUGCAAGGCCAUUGCCGAAGCCCAGAAUGACGAAGAGCGCGUCAAAGCUUUUAGCCCUAUUCAGCAGAUGAUCACAUAUGUUCAGUUCGCCAACGAUGAAUGUGACUACGGCAUGGGCUAUGAGCUAGGAGUGGACCUUUUCUGUUUUGGAUCCCAUUACUUCCACAAGGUUGUCAAGCAACUUUUACACAUGGCCUAUAAUUUACUAAACAGGGAUCUGUUUGGAGAGAUUCUGGAGGCCCACCUCACCAGCCGUAACCGUGACAACCUGGACCAGCUCUCAGCUUUUUAAAUGUAUCAUAAGUACAUUACAAUUCCGGUCUAACAUUUCCCCUCCAUGUGAUAACUUUUGUCAACAUUGGUUGUAUUGGUGCUGCUGUUAUUAAUAGGUUCUGUUCAGUUUUUUUCAAUGUAAAAUAAAGUAUUUUUUAUAUUUUUAAAACCUG